UUGUGACACCGCGCUGUCAAAAGCAGGAAGUUAAUAAUGUAAAGUAUAAUGCGGCAUCUCCUCUCAUUGAUCUCAUUUCCUCGUUUUUUACCUUUAUUUACGCACUCCACAGCCACGGACAGCUGCACAGUGGGGGUUUGUGCUCGGUAAGGCCCACGGCAUGCCAACCAAACUGUCUUUGCAGAGGAAAUCCAGACACAAGUUACACUAAUGCUGAUGAUUAGUCCCAGAAUGGCAUCAGGAAUGCAAGAGAAACAGUACACACCAUCCCUGCUCAAUUUUUUCGUUUAUAAUCCCACAUUUGGACCUCGGGAAGGAGAGGAAGAGAAGAAGAUUUUGUUUUACCACCCCAGUGAUGUGGAGAAGAACGAGAAGAUCCGAAAUGUGGGCCUUUGUGAAGCCAUUGUACAGUUCACCAGGACGUUCUGUCCAACAAAACCAGCUAAAUCCCUGCACACACAGAAGAACCGGCAGUUUUUCUUUGAGCCUGAGGACAGUUUCUGGAUAGUCAUGGUGGUUCGAAACCCAAUGAUCGAGAAACCAAACAAAGAUGGUAAACCUCCCACGGUAGAAUAUCAGGAAGAGGAGAUACUCGACACUGUUUAUGGUGCGGUGGUAAGACAAUGCUACAGUAUGUACAAGCUCUUCAACGGCACAUUUGGCAGAGCAAUGGAAGCAGGCGGAGUGGAGCUGCUCAUCCAGAAGCUUGAAAAGUUCUUCUACAGGUAUCUGCAGACUCUCCACUUGCAGUCCUGUGACCUGCUGGACGUAUUUGGGGGCAUCAGCUUCUUCCCGCUGGACAAGAUGACGUACCUGAAGAUCCAGUCAUUUGUCAACAGAGUGGAGGAGAGCCUCAGCCUGAUCAAAUACACAGCCUUCCUGUACAAUGACCAGCUUAUCUGGAGCGGACUGGAACAAGACGACAUGAAGAUCCUGUACAAGUACCUGACCACCUCGCUGUUCCCCAGACACUCUGAACCAGAGCUGGCUGGCAGGGACUCUCCUCUGAGGCCGGAAGUUGCAGGGAAUCUGUUGCACUAUGGGAGAUUUUUGACAGGACCGUCCAAUCUUAAAGAUCCAGAGGCCAAAUUCCGAUUUCCUAAAAUAUUUGUCAGCACUGAGGACGGCUAUGAGGAACUGCACCUGAUCGUCUAUAAGGCGAUGAGUGCCGCAGCUUGCUUUAUGAUCAGUGCUUCUGUGGAGCUGACGAGAGAGUUCUGUGAGCAGCUGGACGGAUUGGUGGGCCCUCAGCUCACCUUGCUGGCAUCGGAUAUAUGUGAACAGUUCACCAUCAACCGCAGGAUAUCGGGUCCAGAGAAGGAGCCCCAGUUUAAGUUCAUCUACUUCAACCACAUGAACCUGGCAGAGAAGAGCACCAUCCACAUGAGGAAGACCGCCAGUGUGUGCCUCACUUCUGUUCAUCCUGACCUCAUGAAGAUCCUGGGAGACAUCAACUGUGACUUUGCCAGUUCUUUGUGUCUACCUCCCAGGGUUGAUGAAGAUGAAGAAAUCAUCGUAAAAGCUAUGACAGACUACUGGGUAGUCGGCAAGAAGUCAGACCAGAGAGAGCUGUAUGUGAUCUUGAAUCAGAAGAACGCCAAUCUGAUUGAAGUGAACGAGGAGGUUAAGAGGCUUUGUGCGACGCAGUUCAACAACAUCUUCUUCUUGGAUUGAUGGAGCGGACAGACAGAGACUGUUCCACCACACUAAAAACUGUCAGUGUUGCAGGGUAUCAUGACAGCAUCAGCGUAAUGCAAUAAUUGCAUUGUAAAAAUUUGGAAAAAAAAGAAAAAUUAAAGAAUUUCUCACCAAGUUUUUUUUAUUAUUAUUUAACCUACAAAAUUGUAAUUUUCUCCUGUAAUUAAGUGUAAAAAUCCAGAUUUUUACUGUACAUGUACUUUAUUUUCUGUCAUUUACUUUGUACAUACUUGUAGGAUUCUAACAUGUUCAUUUUGAUUUCUUACAAAAUUACAGUUUGUUCAUGCUUUUUUUUUUCAGUGAACACAUCAUGACAAUGUCUUAAAUUAAUUUAAAAACUGACAUGCACAGAACAGUCUACUCCAGGUUUCUUUGAUGAUCAGUGAUAGUUUUAAAAUAAGAUGUCAUCAUGUCAAAAGAAUUGUGGUUUGUAAACUACUCCACUAACUUUAAAUAAAUUAAGAAGUACUUUUA